CCCCCCGGCAGCAGCCGGGACGCGGCGCGGCUCUUCCGCACCGACCCUACCGCUUUCCACCUGUACCACCGCGGCUUCGAGCAGCAGGUGCGGCGCUGGCCCGAGCGCCCCGUGCAGCGCAUCGUGCGCUACCUGCGCCGCCGGCCAGCGUCACUGGUGGUGGCGGAUUUCGGGUGCGGGGACUGCACGCUGGCCGCCAGUGUCAAGAACCAGGUGCACUGCUUCGACCUGGUGGCGCUGUCCCCUCGGGUCACCGUCUGUGACAUGGCCAAGGUGCCACUGGCGGCUGAGUCGGUGGACGUGGCUGUGUUCUGCCUGGCGCUGAUGGGCACUAACCUGCGGGAGAUCCUGGGAGAGGCCAACCGUGUGCUCAAGCUCGGGGGGACCCUGAUGGUGGCCGAGGUGGCCAGCCGCUUUGAGGACACCCAUGCCUUCCUGAAGGCCAUGACGCAGCUGGGCUUCAAGACCGUAUCCAAGGACCUCUCCAGCUCCUACUUCUACGUGUUGGAGUUCGCCAAGACGGGCCCGGCGCGGCCCGGCGCCGCUCCCGCCCUUUGUGGGGAGCAGCAGCGCCGUAGAACGGACCCUGCCGGGUCAGAAGGGCCAGUCGGGCCCUUCCCGGGCCCGUGGGCUGCGCUGGUUGUCCGCCGAGUCCUGCCCCGGGACAGCCCGGCCCCCGGCUUCUGCCCAUGGCAGGCGCUGCUGGAGCCCGUGCAGGGUGAUGGGAGGCACCCGAUCCCAGGUCGGGGCCGGGCAGUGCUCGGCCCCAGGUCCCGCGGGACGCGCUGUGACUCUUCCCUGCGGGGCCACUGGGGCAGGGGGCUCUGUGGGAGCAGGAGGGAUUCUGUUCUGGGCAGGGCUGACUUCCCUCCGCGCAGGAGCUGA